GGAAAAUCUGUGGGUAAACAAUUUUCAUUUCGAAAAAUGCGUCCGGAUGCGAAACAUGGACGGGAAAACCGCGAAAAGGGAUAAUAAACGAGUGUACAAAAUAAAAAUGAGACGAUACAAAGCUAACGCCAGGGAGCGGAACAGGAUGCACGGACUCAACGCCGCGCUGGAUAGACUCAGAAGCCACAUGCCUAUCCAUCUGAUCCACUCUGACAACACCUCAGCGCCUCAGAAACUGUCGAAAAUCGAGACGCUCAGAUUGGCCAGGAACUACAUCGCAGCCCUGACUCAGACCUUGCAGGAGGAGCGACCGAUGGAGAUGAUGAGAUUCAUAGGCAUCCUGAGCUCUGAGGUCAGCCAGACCACGGCCAAUUUGCUCACCAGCACCUUCCUGAGCAGACAAGUGUACGGGUCCUGUUGCCAAGAGGAUUUCCACAAUUACAAAUGCCGCGAGAAGCAGCACGCGCUGCCGAGCGAGGAACAGUACUGGAACUAUCCGCGGUACAAACAGGACACGAACCAGAACGUUAAGUUUUGGAACUUUUACAAUUGCAAUAACGGUGAUAAUGGGUUUGUGAAUAAUUAUUCCGAGUAUGAUCGUAUGUACGCGAGUAAUAAAAAUAAUUUUUACGUGUAAUUUUUUGUAAGAGUUUUAUUAGAUCAAAGUCGAAUAACAAUUUUCAAAAAAAUAACUUGUUAAAUAUUAGGUAAAAUUAUCACAAUAUUUAGUGGAAUGGUAGGAAGACAUGUAAAAUAUUUCUUAGGUGAUAUGUAUUAUGAUUGAGGCCAUAAAUUUAAUAUUUAAACUUAAAUCUUUAUAAACUUAAAAUUCCAUUAUCAACGAGAUUAUUCAUUUUAUAUUGUUAAAAUUUAAUAUAAAUUACAUUCGAUAUCUCGAUUAAUCUAAUAACAAAACUUGUCAAAUAAAUUAGUAACAAGUAAUCAAAUAAAUUCCAUUAAAAGGCAUAAAAUCGAGUCAAUCGAUCCAUCGUCGUAUAAAAUUUUAAGUAGUUAUGAUAUGUUAUUCUUGAUUAAAUUAAUUAUGUAUAGCAAUAUAUUUACAAUUAAAAAAUAUUUAUACAACUCCUAGUAACAAAGAUAUAGUAAUAAAAACUGUAUACACAAUAUAUUUUUUCUCCUUCAUAAUUAUAAGUAGAGGUAUUUUUGCUUAUUUUUAUUUUUAAAUACCUUGUGAGGUAUUUGUAAAAGUAUUAAAAAUAGGCAAAUGUAGUUGAAUAAAUGCAAUAAACUUGAAUGGAUAAUUUUGUCACUGACACCUUUCUUUCUAUUCGAAUUUGUUAUACUACAAAAGGUUUCUCAAUUCAUCAAUAGCAGCUCUUAAACCCUAACUAUUAUCCUUAAAUCCUUAAAUUCUUUCUCCAAAUUUGUAAAUGAUAGAUACAAGAAAAGGUGCAAAAAGUCAACACAAAAUCAAGAUCACAUUUCGCAAGUGAUGUUUCCAAAUCAAAAAAGUAGGUACAUAAUAUCACCAUAUAGCCAAUUCAUAAAAAACAUUCCCUUAAUCGAUCACAUCUCAAAACUCGAAUCGCUCAUAGCUCCAUCAUUAUGCGAAAAAGCAACAAUCUCUUCAUCAUCAUCUUCGUCAUCUUCGUCGUAAUAAGGUCUCAAAAUAGGCGUUUCUAAAAAUUUAAUCAUACAACAAUUGCACAAAAAAAAUAAAGAAAAUAAUCUUACUCAGAGGCGUGCGAAACAGUUCGUCCUCCUUCGACUCGUCCCUCAAAUCAUACUUAAAGUCCUCAUAGAAACUGUGCUGCGCCAGAGGGCCGUAUUCGUUUCGCUUCUUGCAGCACACGUAAAAGGCCAAACCUACGCCUAGCAAACCCGCGCAAGCGAAGCCUAUGAUGAACACGAAAGGCAACCUAGGUAUACCGAAAUAGCUCGAAUCUACCUUCAAUCUAACCAUCACGAUCGUGGGUAAACGAUUGUAUGAAUUUAGUGAUACUAAUUUGAUAGUGGGAUGGUACCCGUGAGAUUCGUAGUUAACCGUGUAGUUUCCGGGCGGUAAUGGUACACCGUAUUUACCGGUUUCGUCAGUGAAAACAGUCUUGUUUACCUCCAGUACUGUCACGUUGGCUUGUGCAACUGGAUGAUUCGAAUAAUCUUGAACGUAUCCUGUAAAUAUUUAAAAUUAGUAUACCUCAUC